AUGGAAAAUCGAGGAUCGACAAAAGUGGGUCGAUAUGAGAAGCUGGAAAAGAUUGGAGAGGGUACAUACGGAACAGUUUUCCGCGGGCGUGACCGAGACGGCAGUGAUGUUGCUCUCAAGAGAAUCAAAUUAGACGAUGACGAGGAAGGCGUUCCAUCAUCAGCGCUGCGUGAAAUCUGCUUGCUCCGCGAACUGAGGCAUAAGAACGUGGUCCGACUUCUUGACGUUCUACACACGGAUAAAAAAUUAACACUCGUUUUCGAGUACUGCUCUGUCGACCUCAAGAUCCGUUAUUUUGAAAUCAAGGGAAAGCUUCAUGCACCUGAAGUGUCCGCGCUCUUCUAUCAACUUCUCAAAGGACUUUCUUAUUGUCAUGCAAAGUCCGUUUUACAUCGUGAUUUGAAGCCGCAAAAUCUACUUAUUCACGAAGGAGUUCUCAAGCUUGCUGAUUUUGGCUUAGCAAGAGCCGUCGGCCUUCCAGUUCGACAAUACAGUAAUGAAGUCGUGACGCUGUGGUACAGGCCGCCAGAUGUUUUGAUGGGCGCGCGCGUGUAUACUUUUACUGUAGAUUCGUGGUCGGCUGGGUGCAUUUUCGCGGAAAUUGCGAACUCAGGCACACCGCUCUUUCCCGGUCAAGACAUCGAGGACCAAUUGAGAAUCAUCUUCCGUCUGGUUGGCACCCCUACAGACACCGAAUGGCCAACAAUGCGUCGUCUUCCCGAUUAUCGUCCCUUCCCCCGUUUCCCUGCCCAGACGAAUUGGGCCGAGCAUGUUCCAACUCUCUCCGAUGCAGGCAUUGAUCUUCUGAAAAAGAUGCUCAUGCCGAAUCCGCAAAGUCGUCUGAACGCUGACCAAGCACUAAUGCAUCAGUAUUUCACAAUGUUAAAUGGAAACAGCAGGACGCUUUUAUAA